GGGGAGUUUCAAGUGCUUCGCUUUGAAAUUAUCAUGUCAUGAGCGAUUUUUAAAGGCGCAGAACGUCUGCUUUAACUUAAAACUGACAUCGACUGAAAGCACGUGUAGUACCACUACCACUAGCCUACUUUGUGAAUAACUACUUUGUUGGUAAACCCUCUUUUUUGAAAAUGUAGUUCGCCAAAAAUUGGGGAACAAAACCCGUCGCGUACCAAAGUUGUGUGUGUCCUGGCAGUCACGUUCCUAUUGUGAAAGCGAAGGAUUGGCUGAGAGGCGCAGUGCAGAACGGAGCAGUACUGGCGAAGGAAACAACGGGGCGUUGGUAAUAAGAAGUAACUGUCCCGCACGAAAAGUUCAGUUUUGUGUUACAUUCGAAACGAAAAUCGUGAGAUUUGUGUUUUUGUUACGUUUAUGAUAACAAAUGUGUUUUGGAGAGAUCGAAAUACGGGGUUGGCAUCAAUAAUUAGUAAGUUUUCGGUUAUUGCAAAGAAAUGGAAUCUGUAGCCGUUAUCGACCAACAUUCCACCAACACCCCUGGAAACGAGGAUGGUCCGCUUGUUGCAGUAACUUUUCAAAAGAAUCCUCACCAAACACAGAAGUACCUUGAGGCAGAACCCAAGGCCCUUGGGCUGACUCAGAUCACACUCAGUGUAUUUCAGAUCAGCAUGGUCUUUGGUGCUUUCUUGUCUAUUGGUGAUACACAUUUCGUUGAGGUCUUCCAGGUCAUUGGGUCUCUGUUUGCAAUUAUUGCUGGGAGUAUUGCAAUAGCGGCUCAGAAUCUCCACCUGCCCACUCUAAGGGCCUGCCUUGGCAUGCAGUUGGUGGCAUGUCUGGCUUCAGUACUCAAUGUAAUACUCAGCACCGGGGCAUUUUUUCCUGGUUUCGAUUAUUGCUGGCACUCCAUGUUUAAUGUCACAGAGGUCACAAAAGUAUGCCAAAAGCUUAUGGAUGGGGUUAAGCAUUACAAUGCUGAGCUACUCCUGAUCAACAUUGCCGUCCUUGCCAUUUGUGCCACCCUGACCACCUACUGCUGCAAGGUCAUCAACUGCUGCACCCCCAGGGCCAAUAUGCCGGUGAUCACCAUAAGUGCUCCCCCAGCACAACAAUGAAUGGAAAAAGAGGUGACAUUUAGGGGCUGAAAGAAAUCUGGGAGAGGGGUCAACGUAUUUGGAACCCUAAACUCUACUUAAUCUGAAAUGCGCACCACAAAAGGUUUUUUUUAGUUAUUUUUUAAAUUUAGUUUUACUCUUGACACCUUCAGGGAUCAUCAAAUCACGGUCCUUGAGGGCCGAGAAUUGCUGGUUUUCCACCCUCCCUUUACCUGGGAGUCAGGUGCGAAGACAGUCUGGCCAAUUAGUACCACCAAUUGUUCAGUUAAUUACCUGGGAGGAAAGAAAUCCUGGGCUGGAUUUUGAUUUGAGGACCAGAUUUGAUGAUCCCUGUACAUGUACUCUAUAUACACCGAAUAGAGAUAGACAUAUUUUAUUUUAUUGAUAUGGUACGUAAAGUAUAUUUCAAGUACAAUUAUGUGAAUGUAUAUUUCCCUCACCUCUACUAAAUUUGAAUCUAUACCCAAACAGCCCUUAUUUAGUCAUUUAAUUAUAUGGAUAAAGUCUAAAAUCUGAUUAUUACAUGGUUCUGUGACCAAAUACACAUCAGUCAACCCAUUUUGUAAUUUCUCUGUUGAUUGAACAACUUCACGAAGCAUGCUGCCAGCUGGAUAUACUGUAUAUGUGUUUGUGUGUAUGUAUAUCCAGCUGGCGGCAUGCUUAUAUAUAUAUAUAUAUAUCCAUAAUGUUUGGGGCAAAUGAUUCUUGAUUUGGCUCUGU